AUGGCCGACGAGGAGACCUUGGUGGCUGCCGCUACCAUCGUCAAGUCUUUGGCUCCUGCCUCCAAAGACCCCGCCGCUGUUCCGGUUGUGAUUGGCGCCAAUUCUCAGAUCAGACUACCCGGUCGCGAAAGCCACGCCAAGGAAUCUCUCGAGCGCGAGCUCUCCGCCUUGGUUGUGAGGAUCCAGCAACUCGAGACCAAGGCUAGCGUUGCGAAUGGUGGCACGUUCCCUGAUACGCCCAACGAGACGUGCGAGCCUCUCUUCGGCAACGAAUCUCCCAAUUUCCCAGCGCCCAAGCGAUCAAGAUUUCCCCUCCUGCCUCCGACUCGGAACGGCUCGGGAGAAGAUCGGCCCGUCAAGACCAUUCCCCUCACCGACGAGGACCUCGAGGGACUUCGCGAACAUGUUGUUGACCAGUCCAAGCUCCUCGACAGCCAACGUCAGGAGCUCACCAAUGUGAACGCCCAGCUUAUAGAGCAAAAACAGCUUCAGGAAAAGGCUCUGGAACUAAUCGAGAAGGAACGAGUCGCAACUUUGGAAAGGGAGUUAUGGAAACAUCAGAAAGCCAACGAAGCCUUUCAGAAGGCGCUGCGUGAGAUCGGGGCGAUCGUCACCGCGGUCGCCCGCGGCGAUCUUACUAUGAAGGUUCGGAUGAACACCGUAGAAAUGGACCCAGAGAUUACUACCUUCAAGAGGACGAUCAACACUAUGAUGGACCAAUUGCAGGUCUUCGCUAGCGAAGUGUCUCGAGUCGCCCGCGAGGUCGGCACGGACGGAAUCCUAGGCGGCCAAGCCAUGAUCGAAGGCGUAGAUGGAACAUGGAAGGAAUUGACAGACAAUGUCAACGUCAUGGCCCAAAAUCUGACCGACCAAGUGCGAGAGAUUGCAUCUGUGACGACUGCGGUCGCCCACGGUGACUUGACUAAGAAGAUCGAGAGACCUGCCAACGGCGAGAUACUCCAGCUUCAACAGACCAUCAAUACCAUGGUUGAACAACUACGCACCUUUGCUUCGGAAGUCAGCCGCGUCGCCCGAGACGUGGGUACCGAAGGUAUACUGGGUGGCCAGGCCGAUGUGAUGGGCGUCCAAGGUAUAUGGAAUGAGUUGACAGUAAACGUGAACGCCAUGGCAAACAACCUUACCACUCAAGUGCGUGACAUUGCCAAGGUCACCACCGCAGUCGCCAAGGGAGACCUCACCCAGAAGAUUCAAGCCGAAUGCAGAGGCGAAAUUUUCGAGCUCAAAUCGACGAUCAAUUCAAUGGUUGAGCAGCUAUCCCAGUUCGCGCGAGAAGUGAGCAAGAUUGCGAGAGAGGUCGGAACCGAAGGCCGUCUCGGUGGCCAGGCGACGGUCAACGAUGUUGAAGGCACCUGGCGCGAUCUCACCGACAACGUGAACGGCAUGGCCAUGAACCUGACGACCCAAGUGCGGGAGAUAUCCAAGGUCACUACGGCUGUCGCAGCAGGAGACCUGUCCCAGAAAAUCACUGUCGAAGUCAAGGGCGAAAUCCUACGACUCAAACUCACGAUAAACUCUAUGGUCGAUCGUCUCGGAAAGUUUGCGUUCGAGGUUAGCAAGGUCGCGAGGGAGGUCGGAACCGACGGGACCCUGGGUGGUCAAGCCAGAGUCGAUGACGUGGAAGGGAAAUGGAAAGACCUCACAGAGAAUGUCAAUACCAUGGCGUUAAAUCUGACCUCUCAAGUGCGGAGUAUAUCGACCGUCACUCAGGCCAUCGCCGACGGUGACAUGAGCCAAAAGAUCGACGUCCAGGCUAAGGGCGAGAUACUCGUCCUCAAGGAAACCAUCAACAAUAUGGUUGACCGCCUGUCGGUGUUCUGUAACGAAGUGCAACGCGUGGCAAAGGAUGUCGGCGUGGACGGCAAGAUGGGAGGCCAGGCAGAUGUAGGAGGUCUCAAGGGGCGAUGGAAGGAGAUCACGGCUGAUGUGAACACGAUGGCAACUAAUUUGACCACCCAAGUGCGGGCUUUCGGCGAUAUAACAAACGCAGCCACCGACGGGAAUUUCACCAAGUUGGUCGAUGUGGAAGCAUCCGGUGAGAUGGACGAGCUCAAGCGCAAGAUCAACCAGAUGGUGUACAACCUGCGAGAUAGCAUCCAAAGGAACACUCAGGCAAGGGAGGCGGCCGAGCAGGCGAACAAGACCAAGUCCGAGUUCCUCGCAAACAUGUCUCACGAGAUCCGGACACCUAUGAACGGUAUCAUCGGAAUGACUCAGUUAACUCUGGACACCGACCUUACGCAAUACCAACGGGAAAUGUUGAACAUUGUGAACAACCUCGCCAACAGCCUCCUAACCAUCAUCGACGACAUAUUAGAUCUAUCCAAGAUUGAGGCGCGGAGGAUGGUAAUAGAAGAAAUCCCGUAUACUCUGCGGGGUACUGUCUUCAAUGCCUUGAAGACGUUGGCGGUCAAAGCUAACGAGAAGUUCCUCGACCUCACAUAUCGCGUGGACAGCUCCGUACCCGAUUACGUUGUUGGCGAUUCCUUCCGUUUGCGGCAAAUCAUCCUCAAUCUGGUGGGCAAUGCCAUCAAAUUCACAGAGCACGGGGAGGUUAGCUUAACCAUUCGGAAGGCCGAGAAUACCACUCCUAAAGACCCUUCCGAGUACGCGAUCGAGUUUGUUGUCUCGGAUACGGGUAUAGGGAUCCCACCGGACAAACUCGAUCUCAUUUUCGACACUUUCCAACAGGCAGACGGGUCGAUGACUCGCAAGUUCGGGGGCACUGGUCUAGGUCUAUCGAUCUCGAAGAGGCUGGUAAACCUGAUGGGCGGAGACGUCUGGGUCAAGAGCGAAUUCGGCAAGGGCAGCUCGUUCUACUUCACCUGCGUGGUGAAGCUGGCAGACGGAGAGGUUGCCUCUAUCGAGAAACAGCUAAAGCCGUACAAGGCACACCAAGUGCUGUUUAUCGACAAGGGCCGCACUCAAUACGGGAGGGAGAUUGUCAACAUGCUACAGCGGCUGGGCCUCGUGCCCGUCGUUGUCAACACCGAGGGGAAUCCUAACGUUCCAGGUUCCGACGACCCGCCAUACGAUGUCAUCAUCGUCGAGUCUAUCGACACAGCUCGUAAACUGCGGGCCAUCGAAGACUUCAAAUACCUUCCCAUCGUUCUGUUAGCUCCAGUCGUGCACGUCAGCCUGAAAUCCUGUCUAGAUCUAGGCAUAACCUCCUACAUGACCACACCCUGCAAACCAAUCGACCUAGGGAACGGAAUGGUACCCGCUCUAGAGAACCGGGCUACGCCCUCCCUAGCUGACAAUACGAAGUCUUUCGAGAUUCUGCUUGCCGAAGAUAACCGAGUUAACCAACGAUUAGCGGUGAAGAUACUCGAGAAGUACCACCAUGCAGUCACGGUGGUUGGAAACGGAUUGGAAGCGGUGGAAGCUGUCAAAAAGAAGAAAUUCGACGUGAUUCUCAUGGAUGUCCAGAUGCCGAUAAUGGGCGGCUUCGAGGCCACCAACAAGAUCCGCGAGUACGAACGUAGCCUAGGGGCACACCGGACUCCAAUCAUCGCUCUGACGGCGCACGCGAUGAUGGGGGAUCGGGAGAGAUGUAUACAAGCCCAGAUGGACGAAUACUUGUCUAAACCGCUACAGCAGAACCAUUUGAUACAGACCAUCCUCAAGUGCGCGACCCUCGGCGGCGCACUACUUGAGAAGAACCGGGAACGGGAGCUGGCGCGUCAAGCUGAGCAGAGCAACAGUAACGGCCAGCAAAAUGGAUCGGCACUCCUGCGGCCUAAUCUAGAGGGACGUUCGAUAACGUCGAACGAGGCUCUGGUAGGAGGAGGUAUAGACAGCCCAUCCAUUGUGUCGAAUCAGGACGAUCCGUUGCAAAGGGCACGUUCAACCCUCCCUGAACUACGCGUUCAAGAAGACUAA